GUUUGUGUCAAAAACAUGUGGAGGCAGAAUAUCUGACAAAGAACUGACAUUGUCAAGUGGAUUUAUGGAGCAUCUUGAAAGUGGAGACCAAGUUCUGGCAGACCGUGGAUUCUUGCUUUUUGAAGAAUUUUAUGAAAGAAAUGUGCAGCUGAUAACACCCAGUUUUGUCAAGAGCCGAGUCCAACUACCAGGACAGGAGGUCACCACAUCAAGGAGGAUUUCUUCAUCCCGCAUCAUUGUGGAACGCGCGAUCGGCCACAUAAAGAAGUGGCGUAUAAUGACUGAUACAGUGCAGCACAGUCUUGUCGACAUCUACGAUGAGAUAACCUUUGUUGUUGCUGGUUUGACGAACAUGUGUCCACCACUGUCUAAGAAGGGUGAGGCUUCACCCACUGACACGGAAAAUCAGUUGGAGCAGCACUGUCAGAACUGACUUGGGUCCAGAAGUCGACGGCGAAGCAUAC